AGCGGGGAGGACCGCACGGCCCGACCUCGCAGCGCGGCAGCACCGUUCCUCCCCGCGUGGCGCAGCGCGGCGGGGACGCUGGGACAACCGGGAUCUCCCUGCACCGCGCCCCGCGCCCCGGUGCCCUCGGCCACCUCUUCUUGCUUCACUCGCCGCCCGGGCGGGAGCGGCGCCCAAGGCGGGCGCGCCAUGUCCGGGGCCGGGUAGCCCCGCCGGCCGCCGGCCCGCGGCUUCCGAGCCUCCCUGCCAGCGGGCCGGCCGGGCCAGUCGCGGGGGCAGGCCGGCAGAUGCGGUGAGUGAGGGGGGGGCCAUGGCAGAGGAGCGGCCCCCCCGGCUGGUGGAUUACUUCGUGGUUGCUGGGCUUGCUGGCAACGGAGCCCCCAUGCCCGAGGAUGCACGGGUUCCUGACCCCAGCGGUCCGCUGCGCCCCUGCCGGCCUGCAGAGCCCAUCACAGAUGUGGCCGUCAUUGCCAGGGCCCUGGGCGAGGAGGUGCCCCAGGGCUACACAUGCAUCCAGGCUUCAGCUGGGGGCCAUCCCUUGGAACUCAGUGCUGGGCUGCUGGGAGGAACACAGCCUGUCAUCUGCUACCGCAGGGGCCGUGACAAGCCCCCCCUCGUGGAGCUGGGGGUUUUGUAUGAGGGCAAGGAGCGUCCCAAGCCCGGCUUCCAAGUGCUGGACACAACACCCUAUAGUCACUCCGCUAACCUGGCCCCUCCAGGCCCUGGGCACCCCCGCACCUACCUCACAUACCGGCGGGCAGCAGAGGGGGCAGGACUGCAUGCCCUGGGCAUCACUGACCUCUGCCUGGUGCUGCCCAGCAAGGGUGAAGGCACUCCCCAUACUUACUGCCGGUUGCCACGCAACCUCAACCCUGGCAUGUGGGGCCCAGCUGUGUACCUGUGCUACAAGGUGGGCUUGGCUAAGGGCAACACGCUGGUGUAUGAGGCAGAACUGCUGGGCCGCUAUCCGGAGGAAGACAAUGAGGCAUUCCCGCUACCCGAGUCCGUGCCUGUCUUCUGCCUCCCCAUGGGGGCCACUAUCGAGUGCUGGCCCGCCCAGACCAAGUAUCCCGUGCCGGUCUUCUCCACCUUUGUGCUGACGGGUGCCGCUGGCGAUAAGGUGUAUGGUGCCGCCCUGCAGUUCUACGAAGCAUUCCCCAGGGCCCGGCUGUCGGAGCGACAGGCACGGGCCCUGGGCCUGCUGAGUGCCGUGGAGCGGGGCCGGGCACUGGGUGGCCGAGCAGUGCGCAGCCGGCGAGCAAUCGCUGUGCUGUCACGCUGGCCUGCCUUCCCUGCCUUCCGGGCCUUCCUCACCUUCCUUUACCGCUACUCUGUCUCGGGCCCUCACCGCCUGCCCUUGGAAGCGCACAUCUCCCACUUCAUUCACAACGUCCCCUUCCCUUCCCCACAGAGACCCCGCAUCCUAGUGCAGAUGUCUCCCUACGACAACCUGCUCCUCUGUCAGCCUGUGUCUUCACCCCUGCCACUCAGCGGUGCCAGCUUCCUGCAGCUGCUGCAGAGCCUGGGCCCCGAGCUGGCUGUCACACUGCUGCUGGCUGUGCUCACGGAGCACAAACUGCUGGUGCACUCGCUGCGGCCAGACCUGCUCACCAGCGUCUGUGAGGCUCUCGUCUCGAUGAUCUUCCCACUGCAUUGGCAGUGCCCCUACAUUCCGCUGUGCCCACUGGUACUGGCGGAUGUGCUGAGCGCCCCCGUGCCCUUCAUCGUGGGCAUCCACUCCAGCUAUUUUGACCUGCACGAUCCCCCUGCCGAUGUCAUCUGUGUUGAUCUGGACACCAACACACUCUUCCAGACGGAGGAGAAGAAGCCCCUGACCCCCCGGACCCUGCCUCGCAAACCCUACAAGGUGCUGCUGGCCACACUAACUAACCUGUACCAGCAGCUGGACCAGACAUACACUGGCCCCGAGCAGGAGGCCUCCCUGGAGUUCCUGCUGACGGACUAUGAGGCAGUGUGCGGCCGCCGGGCCCGCCUGGAACGGGAGGUCCAGGGCGCCUUCCUCCGCUUCAUGGCUUGUUUGCUCAAGGGUUACCGUGACUUCCUACGGCCACUCACCCACACCUCCGAGGGCGCCCGCGACGUGGACAACCUUUUCUAUCUUCAGGGCUUCCUCAAGUCCCGGGAGCGCUCCAGCCACAAGCUGUACUCCCAGCUGCUACACACACAAAUGUUCUCCCAGUUCAUUGAGGAGUGCUCUUUUGGCUCUGCUCGGCAUGCUGCCCUGGAGUUCUUCGACUCUUGUGUGGACAAGGUGCACGUGGAGCAGGAGAGGCCUGAGCCCACUCCACUGGUGGAGCUGGAAGAGCUAUCAGGAAGCGAGCUUACUGUCUUCAUCACGCCUCCCGAGGAGCCCCCGGUCACAGACAGCAGUGAGCCCACCCCCCAGUUCUGCUACGAUGGCUUCCCAGAAUUACGGGCUGAGCUGUUUGAAUCUCCCCAGGAACAACCUGGGGCAUUGCCCGUGCCUGGCCCAUCCCGUAGUGCCCCCAGCAGCCCUGCCCCUCGUCGUACCAAACAGGAGAUGAAAGUGGCGCAGCGGAUGGCACAGAAGCUAGCAGCAGUGCCUGAGCUUUGGGCCCGCUGCCUGCUGGGGCACUGCUACGGGCUGUGGUUCCUGUGUCUGCCUGCCUUCGUGCGGUCAGCACCCAACCGUGUGCGGGCGCUGCACACAGCCUACCACGUGCUGCGGGACAUGGAGAGCCGCAAAGCGGUGCUCCCGGAUGAGGUGUGUUACCGGGUACUGAUGCAGCUCUGCUCACACUACGGGCAGCCUGUGUUGUCUGUGCGGGUCAUGCUAGAGAUGCGGCGCAUGGGCAUUGUGCCCAACACCAUCACCUAUGGCUACUACAACAAGGCCAUGCUGGAGAGCAAGUGGCCGUCUGGCACACCAGGUGGGCGCCUGCGCUGGGCCAAGCUCCGCAACGUCGUCCUGGGGGCUGCUCAGUUCCGCCAGCCCCUGAGAGAACGGCGGCAGCGAGAGCAGCAGCAGCAGCAGCAGGAGGAGGAGGCAGGCAGUUCCCGGACAGAGCCCUGUCUGGAGCGCCCCUCCCCCAGCCGCCCACUUCAGCGCCAGACUACUUGGGCUGGGCGAAGUCUGAGGGACCCAGCCUCCCCCGUGGGGCGCCUGGUGAAGAGCGGGAGCCUGGGCAGUGCCCGAGGGGCGCAGCCCACUGUGGAGACCGGCGUGGCCCACAUGAUAGAGGCCUUGGGGGUGCUGGAACCCCGGGGCUCCCCCGUGCCCUGGCAUGACGGAAGCCUCUCUGACCUGAGUCUCACCGGGGAGGAACCGGUUCCCAGCAGCAGCCCGAGUGGCUCGGGUUCAGCCCUGAGUGCGCAGUCCACUGAGGCCCUGGAAGGGCUGAACGGACGUGGGCCCAAGGCUGGGGGGCGUCAGGAGGAGGCUGGCACCCCACGGCGAAGCCUGGGUGCCCGUCUCCAGCAGCUGCUCACACCCUCCCGUCGUGCCCCUGCCUCCCGCAUCCCCCCGCCGGAGCUGCCCACAGACCUGCCUCCCCCAGCCCGCCGCAGCCCCAUGGACAGCCUUCUGCGGCCCCGGGAGCGGCCUGGAUCCACUGCUUCUGAGAGCUCGGCCUCUCUGGGCAGCGAGUGGGACCUCUCAGAAUCUUCUCUCAGCAGCCUGAGCCUCCGCCACUCCUCCGAACGCCUCAGUGACGCCCCCGGCUCUUUGCAGCCGCCCUCCCUGGAGAUUCUGCUGUCCAGCUGCUCCUUGUGCCGUGCCUGUGACUCACUGGUGUACGAUGAAGACAUCAUGGCUGGCUGGGCACCGGAUGACUCCAACCUCAACACAACCUGCCCCUUUUGUGCCUGUCCAUUUGUGCCCCUGCUCAGCGUCCAGACCCUUGAUUCCCGACCCAGUGCUGCCAGCCCCAAGCCUGCCCCUGCUGGUGCCAGUGACAGCAAAGAUGCCCCUGUCCCUGGGGGUCCUGGCCCCGUGCUCAGUGACCGCAGGCUCUGUCUUGCCCUGGAUGAGCCCCAGCUCUGUAACGGGCAUCUGGCGGGUACCUCCCGACGAGUGGAUAGUGGGGCGUGGGCAUACCUGAGCCCGCUGGUGCUGCGCAAGGAGCUGGAGUCACUAGUGGAGAACGAGGGCAGUGAGGUGCUGGCGUUGCCUGAGCUACCUGCUGCCCACCCUAUCAUCUUCUGGAACCUUCUGUGGUAUUUUCAACGGCUGGGCCUGCCCAGUAUUCUGCCUAGCCUGCUGUUGGCCCCAUGUGAUGGGCCCCCACCUGGCCAGGCCCCAUCUCCCCGGCUGACCCCUGACCCAGCCUCUGUGCAGGUGCGCUUGCUGUGGGAUAUCCUGACCCCUGACCCCGAUAGCUGUCCACCUCUCUAUGUGCUCUGGAGGGUUCACAGCCAGAUCCCCCAGAGGGUUAUGUGGCCAGGCCCAGUCCCUGCCUCCCUUAGCUUGGCAUUGUUGGAGUCGGUGCUGCGCUAUGUUGGACUCAAUGAGGUGCAUAAGGCAGUGGGGCUCCUGCUGGAAACACUAGGAUCCCCUCCCAGCGGCCUGCACCUGCAGAGGGGCAUCUACCGUGAGAUUUUAUUCCUGACAAUGGCUGCUAUGGGCAAGGACCACAUGGACAUAGGGGCCUUCGACAAGAAGUACAAGUCGGCUUUCAACAAGCUGGCCAGCAGCAUGGGCAAGGAGGAGCUGAGGCAGCGGCGGGCGCAGAUGCCCACAGCCAAGGCCAUUGACUGCCGAAAGUGUUUUGGAGCACCUCUGGAAUGCUAGCACCCCUUCAGCUGCCCUCUCCGGCCUCCAGUGGGGAGGUGAAGGGAGAGGAAUCCCAGGCUGAGCUGCUUCCCCAUCCCCUUCCCACGGAAGGCUUGGGGACAGGCCUGGAAGCCACCUGUGCAGUCACAGACUCCGAGAGGGGGCAGCCAAGAGAGGGAACCUACUGUCGGCGAGCGUCACCAUUCCUCCAUGGCCAGCCUGCCCGGUUUGUUCAUGAUGAUGUUGGGGGAGUCGGGACAGCUCUGUUCCUCCCCUGUAUUUGCCCAGGAACUCCCUUCCAGGGUACACACAGCUCAGCGCUGCCCUGGUCAUCUUAGAAGUUUUUGUUUUAAAAAACAACUGGAAAGAUACAGAGCUGCCGGAGGCGCCGCUGCCCUGGAGGGGAGGGGAGGGGUCUCAUUCCCCACCGAUGGUGGGCGCUCUUCCCCUGGCGCUGUGGAAGGAGCCUGGGACUCUCCGCGCUUUUCUACCUUCGUGUUUGUAUUUUGUUUUAAGUUAUUUAUUCUGGAGCUGCAGUCCCCUUGCCAGUGAGGCUCUUGGGAAAGCAAGGGAGAGAAGGGAAACUGGGUGCCGUGACUCAGGGGGUUGUAGCUCCUGAAAGGGAGACAGGGGUGCUCCCCCUUAGAGGUUUUGGUACCCCUUCUAGUCCUAAGCUUUCUUGUUCACUCCUGGAAACGCCUCACCCCCACCCCCUCAAACACCGCCCAUCCCUGGGCCCUGGCCUGUGCAAUAAGAAUUGUUCCUUGCGAAGUUUUGCUGGAUGUAAAUAUAGUAAAAACUGCUUCUGUCUUUUUC